AUGCCACAAGAUCUUACUGAGCUUGAACAAUCAUGCGAUACGUUACGUCAGAAGAUCUCUAGUAACCCAAAGUUAGCUAACCCACGGGUGAUGAUUAUCUGUGGGUCUGGUUUAGGUGGGAUUGCUUCUGUGCUUGAUCCUGUUGAUAAGAUUGAAGUGUUGUAUUCAGAAAUCCCUGGUUUCCGUUCAUCUACUGUACCUGGUCAUGCUGGUAAGUUAGUCUUUGGGUUAAUUGGCCCUAAUAAAGUGCCUGUAAUGUGUAUGGUAGGUAGAUUGCAUUAUUAUGAGGGUUACUCAUUUGAUGAUACAACGUUCCCCAUCAGGGUAGCUUCACUUCUUGGAAUCACAACAUGUAUUGUAACCAAUGCUGCAGGAGGUUUGAACUCAUCAUAUUCCCCGGGCCAUUUGAUGAUAAUAAAUGAUCAUAUAAACCUCCCAGGUUUAGCAGGUGCACAUCCCUUACGAGGACCUAAUAUGGAUCUGUUUGGACCUCGGUUCCUCCCAACUUCUGAUGCUUACGAUUUAGAAUUGCGUAAACUCUUUGUAAGAGUUUCUCGUGAACAACUUAAGUUGACAAGACCCAUACAUGAAGGAACUUAUGCUUUUGUUCUGGGUCCAACAUUUGAGUCAAGAGCUGAAUCCAGACUUUUACGUACAUUGGGAGCAGAUGCAGUGGGUAUGUCAACUGUUGCAGAAGUUAUAGUUGCGCGUCAUAGUGGAUUGAAAGUAUUGGCGUUAUCAUUAAUCACCAACGCAGUCGUCACAAAUCCUCCGGCUUCUGUUUGGGAUGAAAAACCUGUUCCUUUGGAUCAAGGGAUGGCAUCUCAUGCAGAAGUGCUUGAAGCGGCUGAUGAAGCUUCAAAAGAUGUUCAAAAGAUCAUUGAACUUGUUGUUAAUGAACUUUAA